AUGCGGUCAGCGGCGCAAGUGUUCUAUCUUGCAGUCUUCUCGCUGCUGGGGAGCUCGCAUGCUGCCAGCCAUGCCGCUCCUUCAAAAUCGAAGAAUGCUCCUGCAAACGUCUGCGAUUUCGAGCCCGGCGCCAUCGUGUCCGACGCUUGCGCAAGCUACAAUACCCUCGAGCAAUUGAACGAAGCGAUACACCCCUAUCUCCAUUCGAUUACCCAGAAUACCGACUUCUUUUCGCAUUACCGAUUGAGCUUGUAUACCAAGAAAUGCCCGUUUUGGAACGACGAGAAUGGAAUGUGCGGAAACGUGGCAUGCGCGGUGAAUACAUUGGAGAACGAGGAGGAUAUACCGCUCGUCUGGCGCGCAAAGGAACUAGGGAAGCUCGAAGGGCCAACCGCGCAUCAUCCGGGGAAGAAGCAGCAACGAGAACACAAGCAGAGGCCCCUCCAGGGCGAGUUGGGCGCAAACGUGGACGAGAGCUGCGUGGUCGAAUACGACGACGAGUGUGACGACCGCGACUACUGCAUACCAGAGGACCAGUCUGCCACGGCGAAGGGGGACUACGUGUCGCUCGUGGACAAUCCUGAGCGCUUCACCGGAUACGCCGGUGUAGGGUCGCAGCAGGUCUGGGAAGCCAUCUACCGCGAAAACUGCUUCAGCAAGCCCCCGAAAAACGGACAGACGACGGCGCAGUCUUCUUUCGGCGGGUUUGGGAGCCAGCAGCAGAUGCUGGCUGCAAACCAGCUGCGCAAUGUCAUGAAAGAGCAAGGCUUUCAGCAGAAUGUGAAGUCGGCCAUCGCUCAAGGAACCGCGCCUGCGACGCUAGACCCGGUUGAGUUUGACGACACCUGCCUGGAGAAGCGCGUGUUCUAUCGCGUCGUCUCAGGCAUGCAUGCGUCUAUCUCCACGCAUCUCUGCUGGGACUACCUGAACCAGACAACGGGUCAAUGGAGUCCUAACCUUGCCUGCUACGAGAAGCGCCUACACAACUUCCCCGACCGCAUCUCCAACAUCUACUUCAACUACGCUUUGGUCAUGCGAGCCGUGGGCAAGAUAAAGCAGCACAUCAAGGACUAUUCCUUCUGCUCAGAAGACCCCGAGCAAGAUCUCCGCACGAAGAACUCGGUUCUCCGUUUAGCCUCCGCCAUUCCCGCGGGCCCCGAGAUCUUCGACGAGACGGUCAUGUUCCAGGACCCGGAUACGCUAGCGUUGAAGGAGGACUUCCGCAACAGGUUCAGGAACGUGAGCCGGAUCAUGGACUGCGUUGGAUGCGACAAGUGCAGGCUGUGGGGCAAGCUGCAGACGAACGGAUACGGGACUGCGCUCAAGGUGCUCUUCGAGUUCGACGAGAAUGAUUCCUCAAAGGACCCGCCGCUCCGCCGUACUGAGCUGGUCGCGCUCGUCAACACAAUGCACAGGCUGUCGCAUUCUCUGAUGGCCAUUAAGGAGUUCCGCCAGAUGAUUGAAGAACGCGAUGCCAUCUCCCGAGAGGCUGUCCCGACGCCGCCGGAGGCCGAAAAGAGCGUCUUGAAGGCGAAAGAGGUGCUCGGUGACGGCGAGGAAGAGAAGGUGGACGAUGGGAUGCCCGACUUUACGCGCAACUGGAACCCUGAGAACAUGACCAUCAUGGAAGAGUUCUGGGCCGAGUUUGAUCUUGUCUACCGGGCAUUCAUCUACGUGCUUAAGAGCUGGACCGAGCUGCCCGGGAAGUUCACCAAGAUCCUCAUCUUCGAAAGCGGCCGCCUCUGGAACUGGUGGCUCGGUAUCGUCCCCGGCCCGCGUAGCUGGGAAAUUCGUGUCCCGGGGCAUCACGAGCUGUGA